CAAAACAAUAAUAAAAGGAGGAUAUGCUCACCGGAGAGCCCCUCCACGUCAGCACUUAUAUUUGACCAAUAGUGUGUGUUCGUUUGUCCACGACCAACAGACGCUAUCUGAACUUGGGCUUCACAUUUUAAUUGAUUCAUAAUAAGCCCAUUCUCGUGCGUAGUCCAAGAUCAGCCUCAUCUCACCACUUACACUUACGAUCCCUUGCGGCGAUUCAUCUCUUCGACGACUCAUCACUUCGCCGUUACUCCUUUUCCAUGGAUCGAUCAAUCGGCACCGUAUUCAUGAGUGAAUCAUCCUCUGGAGAACUCAUUAAUGUGUUCUUUUGCCUAUCUUCCUUCCAAUCUCUAUAUAACCUUCAUAUCUUCUCCAGAUUAGUUACACACACAAAUAUCUCAAACCAUGAAUUCCAACAGUCAAGCACCUAUUUCCGGCGAUGUUACCACGACGAAACCAAACGGAAAAGACGUUGUCUCCUCCGCCGAGCCUGUCAAACGAGUCGGUCAAACCGGAGUCUUUCUCGCCAGAUCUGCUUCUGGCGUUUCAAAAUCUAAGAAACCAGUCGGCAGAGCCGUUAUCUCCUCUACCGAUACGGCCAACCGAGCCGGUCAUCCCGGAGACCCUCUCGCUACAGCUAUCUCCGGCGAUUCCAAGUCCAAGAAAUCAAGCGGCAAAGCCGUUGCCUCCUCCGCCGAGCCGGUCAAAGAAACCCGUCAACACGGAGUCUCUCCCGCUAUCGCUGUCUCCGGCGAUCCAAAGUCCAAGAUACUCAACGGCAGAUCCGUCGUCUCCUCCUCCGCCGAAGUACUGUUCUUCAGAGAUGUCAAGUACGGACCACAAGAAGGCGAGCUAAGGUUUCGUCUGAUACAUUUUUGGGAGGCUCGGAACGCACUCACGAAGGUCCUGUUCGGUCUCGAAAUGAUUCUGAUCGACGGACAGGGUACUGUGAUCCAGGGGUUCAUCCCACCCAACAGGAUCGAGACCUAUUUGCCACAUAUGUUCGCUGGUUCCGUCUACAGGCUUAAUAACUUUUAUGGAUCUAAAAGCAAGACUGUAUACCGAGUUGCUGAACCAUUAGUGACGAUUGCUUUCUCAUGGAACUCUGUGCUCUCACCUCUCGAGAACAGUCCGGUUCCGUUUCCUGAAGACCGGUUUCGUUUCUAUGGUUAUGAGGAGUUUGAAGCGGCCUGUGACCUCAAGGGAGAUCUUUAUGAUUAUGUCGGUCACAUGAAACUGGUGAAUGAGCAGACCUUGAGUGAUAGUCUUGUGCUUGAUGAAGUCGAGAUAGCUUCUUCCAGGAGAAUUUUGGUCCAUGUCCAGACGCAUGAUGGUCCUGUCAUGAAGCUGUACAUAUGGGACAAGGUUGCUGUAGACUUCUGUGAGAAGUUUAAAGCGCUUGGAAAACCUCCAACCGUUAUUCUGGUUACAACUGUGAAUCCAAAACGUUUUGGAGGUGCCUUAACUCUGUCAUCUCUAUCCUCAUCGCGUGUGUUUUUUGAUAUGGAUGUUCAAGCAACUCGGGAAUAUCUGGCUUGGUUUGAUUCGAACACAGAAGUUGCCAAUAGGGUGUAUGCUGAGAUUGUCACCAAAGCCGAGACGGCUACUAUAGGGGAGCUGUUAUCUUACAUGAUGCAGGAAGAGGCAAAGGUAGCUUGGUUUGAGUGCACAGCCACUAUUGAUGAUGUUGUGCGUGAUUCGGCAUGGUAUUAUAUUGCUUGUGGUGGGUGCAAGACUAAAGCAACCAAAGGGCCUACCACGCUUAUGUGUAAGAAGUGUGGAAAGACUGAGAUUGUCGGCACUCCAGAGUAUCUCACGAAGAUCUCUGUCUAUGACAACAAUGAUCACGCAAGCUUCGUGCUUCUCGGUGAUGCUGGGCGUGAGUUGACUGGGAUGAAAGCCUCGGAUUUGGUUGAGAGCUACUUUGAGGCCAACGAAAACGUCGGAGAUGAUCAUGUCGUCCCGGUGCCACAGUCUCUUACUGAUUCCAUUGGACAGUCUCGCACGUUUAUUAUCAAGGUAUCAAAACACAACCUGGAUGGCAAGACCCAGACUUUGACUGUCACCAAAGUUCUCCCUUUAGAAGUUCCAGCACUUGAAGGCGACAUAGAUGAAGGCGUGAAAGAGGAGCCUGUUGAUGAAAAGGAUGGAGCUGCAGAUGGGAAUGUGAAAAGGAUAUCUGAUGGGAUUGAGUCGGGAGAGACCAAGCGUGCCAAAUGUGACUAAUAAGUUUCUGUUACUGUUUUCUUUGUUUUAAUAAAGACUAUGCUUUGUUUUUUCAUCUUCAGACUUUGCUUUUGUGUCAUUUGAACAAUCUUGGUGUUUGAUAAAGACUAUGCUUUGUUUUAUUCCUUAUUGCUUAAUACUUGGCUAAGGCUAGAAGUAGCUGAUUGAUACCUUUGAAUGCUUGGAUAAUAUAUUUACGUA